AUGUCUAUCAUUCCUACUCGCUUCAUCCUGCUUUUUGUUCUAGCGGUGGCGAAUGCUGCACUGCAUGCGAUGGCGGCUCCAAUAUUCUACCCUGGGGCAGCUAGUAUCAGUGUUCGUUCACAGCAUCUCGAUAGCAACCGAGUGUUGGUGCGCAAACCGCAGGACGUGCAAGACUUCCUGUCGGACGAGGACGACGGUGACGACGACACCGGGAGCAAUGUAACCGCUCCCAUACACACUGGACUGCCUGAAUCUACGCAGCUUCCACCUGGUGGCGCUAAAUUCGGCAGCCCGCCCCCAACUGAAGCGGAUGAGAGUGGUGAGGACGACGAUGAAGUCGAGGAGACAACUUCAUCCACAUCGACAACUUCAUCCUCGUCGCCCACAGCUGCGCCGACCGAUCCUUUGGCUACAGAUGAAGACGAUGAGGCUGAAGAUGAGGAGACUACUGCGUCUACAUCGUCUGCAUCUACGUCAUCUACAUCAGCCAACCCAUCUCCUACAAAUAACGAUGAAGGAGAAGAAGAUGAUGAAGACGACGACGAGACCAUCACGCCCGCGUUGGUCACUUCAUCCUUGUCAUCUACCAGCACGUCGGCGUCGUCAGUAACGUCAAGUUCGUCUACCUCUGCUUCUGUGUCUACGUCGACGUUUGCUUCCUCUUCCUCUACACUCUCUACGGCUACUUCUUCGUCCUCGAAGACCUCUUCCUCCGUAUCUUCGUCAACCAUCUCUUCUUCCUCCAUCACUUCCCCCACCUCUUCUAUAGCCUCUUCCUCCUCAAGCACUCGAUCGUCUUCUACGGGCCCCACAGUAUCCACAGCCUCCACCACGACCACCGAUGAUUUGAAAGGCACGACAAUCAUCCUCACUUACGGUAACACUGCGACGCUCGGCCUUCCGUCUGGGGUACCCACGCCUGCUCCUGGACAAAGCUUGAGCGAUGCAAUCGGCGACAAAGACCUUAACGAAAUCAUCAACAAGUUGCUCGGGGCUCCAGAGACAUCGACGGACACUCCCGCAAAGCCUACCGCUACCACAAACAUCGCACCAACUUCUCCCGGAGUAGGAGCUGAUGUGGACUCAGACGUAGAAGAUGAUAGCGAUCCCGAUGAUGACACCACGCCCACAACAGCGGUGACUUUGCCGGGUCAACCUCCUAUGCCGACACAAUUCCGCCCACUACCUUCACUGCUGGGUCAACUUGCACAACCCCAGCAGCUCACGGACGCGCCAGGACCAACGUUCACUCCGUUCUUCCCCACCUCAACGACUUCAGCAGAUCUUACUGAGGAGACGCAGAAUGAUGAUGACGAUGGCUCCGAUAAUCGACCGCCAUUCGCUGUCACCAACCCAUUCGGUGAUAGUGAUGACAACAAUGCGCCCACUCGUCGCCCUGAUCCAAGCAGUGGCUUCGAUACUGGCGGGAACCCCCCGCUGCCCGUUGAUAGACGGCCGCCCCCACCCUCGGAGGCGGCUGGUAACAGCAAUGGAGGCGACGACGAAGAUGACGGAAGUCGUCAACCCGAGGAUGACACGGAUGACAAUGCUGACGGGCCUGAAGAUCCUGAGCUUCCCGAGCCAUUUGACCCCAGUCUACCACCGGUUCGCCCUGGCAGGAAUGGCGGGGCUCCGGCGAUAAUCAACAUACGAACGUCGUCAAUUAGUUUCAGUGCUACCUCGACUGUUCCUGCUGCUGCCACCUUCACAACUUUGGACUCAACGAUACCAACGCCAACGCCAACGAGAACGGUGAAGAUCAAGAUAACCAUUGAGAAGGAGGAGUAA